AUGGAAAAAUCAGGAACAGAUAUCAACGUGAACAGCAGUCCCGAUACCUACGGGCACGAGGAAACUCAUUUGGAGCUCCAAAGACACUCCACAGAAGAAAUAUUAUCGCUGGGAAAAUGGUACGAUAGGAAACUUGUCCCAGGACUUCCUCAAUACUCGCAUGCCAUGAUCCAAAUUGUCAUGCUUGCUUUUGUGGUGUUUAUGACCCCAGGUAUGUACAAUGCGUUGACUGGUAUUGGUGCUUCCAUCUCUGACGUUACCACCAGUAAUAAUGCUACUGUUGCGUUGUACUCGACAUUUGCCAGUAUUGGGUUUUUCGGUGGAACCAUCUGUAAUAUGAUUGGUCCCAGAGCUUGUUUGAUCUUUGGAGGUUUCGGAUAUGCUCUUUACUCUGGGUCUCUCUUGUGUUUCCAACAUACUGAAAAUAAGGGAUUUGUGAUUUUUUCAGGGGCAUUUUUGGGUAUUUGCGCUUCAUGUCUUUGGGCUGCUCAAGGUACAAUUAUCAUGUCUUACCCCACCGAAAACACCAAGGGAAGAGCCAUUAUGGUUUUCUGGAUCAUUUUCAAUUUGGGUGCCGUGAUUGGUUCGAUUAUUCCUCUUGCCAAUAAUAUGAACAAUAAGUCUUCAAGUGCUAACGAUGGUACAUUUAUUGCUUUCAUCAUUUUGAUGUGCUGUGGUUCCAUCAUUGCAUGCUUUAUGCUCCCCAUGUCAAAGGUGUGGAAGGCCGAUAAUACUCGUGUUCUCACCCAGAAGCACCCUCACUGGAAAGAUGAACUCAUUCGUAUGGCUAGACUCUUGAAGGACAAGCCAUCAAUUUUUUUCAUGUUCCCCAUGUUUUUCGCUUCCAACUGGUUUUACACCUACCAAUUCAACGAUUUCAACUUGGGAAGGUUUGACUUGAGAACUCGUUCUUUAAACUCGUUGCUUUACUGGCUUGCACAAAUGGUUGGAGCCAUCAUUAUUGGUACUGUAUUGGAUAUGAACAGAUUCAGAAGAGUCACUCGGUCAAGAAUUGGAUGGGGUAUUUUGUUCAUUACAGGUAUGGCAAUCUGGGGAGGAGGUCUUAAGUUCCAACAAGGAUUCACCAGAGAAACUGCUGAUCCAACUAAACCCAAAUUGACUCCAAUUGACUAUAAAGAUGGUUCCUAUAUUGGACCCAUGUUCUUGUACAUUUUCUACGGAAUGUACGAUGCCAUGUUCCAAACCUUCAUUUUCUGGUCGUUGGGAACCAUGUCCAAUAACCCCAAGACGGUGUCCUUGUAUGCUGGGAUUCUACAAGGGUAUUCAGUCUGCGGCAGCUGCCAUCGCAUGGAGAUUGGAUGCUCUCCAGAAGCCAUACAUGGCCAUGUUUGCCAGUUCAUGGGGAUUGGUCCAUGGUUCAUUGCUCAUCGCUGCACCACUCCUCUUGUUCAGAGUCUCUGA